AUGGUGGCAACUGUGGCUAACUCCGUACAGCCAAAAGGAACGCGUCUGUAUGUUCAAAAUCUUCCACUUUACGUAGACUCGACACGAUUACGUGAGCAUUUUGGAUCGCAGGGCGAGGUGACGGACGCCUGUGUGAUUCGCACGAAGGAUGGAAGCAAAUCACGGCGCUUUGGCUUCGUAGGCUUCAAAACAGCGACACAAGCCGAAAAAGCUUUAAAUUUCUUUCACCAGAGUUUUCUUGAUACUUGCAAAAUCAACGUGCGUAUGGCAUUAGAGAGGGACUCUGAUAACAUUGAAAGGCCAUGGAGUAAGUACUCGGCUGGAAGUGGACGCUAUCAAAAACUACACCCGGUGCCGAUAUCUUUGAACGACAUGAAGAGUUCGCCUGAAACGCUGAAAAGAAAGGCUGUUAAGCAGGAGGAAACGAGCGGAGAAUUUCAAGAAUUCGUUGAAACCAUGCAGGCCCGAUCAAAGACUAAAUUUUGGGCUAAUGACGAUGUACAGUUAUCGGUGGACGUCAAUGCAGCAUCUAAGAGUGCAGAUAUUGUGAGUGCUGAUGACAGUGAUGACGAGUAUCAAGAAGUUGAAGGAAUGGCAAAUACAGAUGAGGAUGGAGAAAGUGAGGAUGGCGCAAAGAAUAAGGAGAAGAAUAGAGCAUCAGAGAACAUGUCUGAUAUGGACUUCUUGCUCUCAAAAGUGAGUAAAGGCCUUGAUAAAGAUUCAAGUGAUGAAGACAUAAUGGAUGAGGCUGUAGGUGAUGUAGAGAUCAAAGCCGUUGAGCCUACAACUGAAAAGAGGAGUCAGCUGCCAAAUCAAGUUGAUACUGAAGAUAAAAAACCCUGUUCGCGCUUGUUUGUGCGAAAUUUGCCGUUCACGACGGUAGAGGAGGAUUUAAACGCUUUAUUUUCGUCCUAUGGGCCCGUGGAGGAGGUGCACAUGCCACUGGAUGAAAGCCGUCGUCGCAAGGGCUACGGCUUCGUGACUUUUCGAACAGCAGUGGACGCUCAAAAUGCUCUUGAAGCUGUGAAUGGAAUGGCGUUUCAAGGUCGAUGUCUGCACGUGAUUCUUGCGCGUUCCAAGCCCGUAAAGGUUGAUCCGGAGGCGGCUUUAGCUGACCCAAAUCUUACUUACAAACAGCGCAAAGACUUAGAGCGUCAGAUCCAGGCUCAAAAGAAGACUGGCUGGAAUGCCUCGUAUAUUCGCGGAGACGCGACUGUUGGCUCUCUCGCUGAGCGCAUGGGUGUAAAACGGGGUGAGAUCAUGGAUAAAGAACAAAGUAACAUGGCCGUACGUCUUGCUAUUGGUGAAACAAUGUUAGUCAAAGAAAACAAAGACUUUUUUGCUCGAGAAGGUGUAGAUUUGAAUGCUAUCGAAGGUGUUCUCGUAAAGAAGGCUGACCAACACCAGUCAAAGAAAAUUGAGCGAAGCACGACGGUUAUAUUAAUCAAGAAUCUACCACAUACCACAGACGAAGAUGAGCUAGCUCAACUGUUCCGUAAAUAUGGUGAGAUCAGCCGUUUUCUAUUGCCGCCUUCCAAGACUCUUGCUUUAGUUGAGUUUCAUGAACCAUCGGAAGCACGCAAAGCCUUUCGCUCAAUAGCAUAUAAGAAGUACCAGCAUGCUCCGCUAUACCUUGAGUGGGCUCCAUUGAAAGUAUUUGGGCACCCUGUAGCGAUACAUUCGACCGGAGAUCCCGUGACAUCCGAGCAAAAAGGUAUCAAAACGACGUCAGCUGUUGUACCUGACUUCGACGAGGGAGAUGAUAUUGUGAGCGACGUAAGACAUACAAUUUGCGUGAAAAAUUUAAGCUUUUCCACAAAUGAAGCAGCUCUCGAAAAGGUCUUUAAGUCUUGUGGAAAGUUGCGCAAAGUGACUGUGGCUCGUCGGAAAGAUCCAAAGCGUGGUAUGCUAUCAAUGGGCUUUGGGUUUGUGGAAUACGUUGAUGCAAAACACGCCGAACGUGCGCUUCAAACACUGCAGCAAACUGUCGUGGAUGGUCAUGCGCUGAACUUGAAACUGUCUCAAAAAAAGGCUUCAAAUACUCUUAUGCGCGCAACUAAAGGUGAUAUCAAUGGUCGACAAUCCAAAAUAAUUGUUCGCAACGUCGCAUUUGAGGCCACAAGUAACGAGAUUCGUGAGCUAUUCGGUGCAUUCGGUCAACUUAAGCGCGUGCGCAUGCCAAAGAAAUUUGAUGGCAAACACCGUGGUUUUGCUUUCGUAGAGUUCCUGACAGAUCAGGAAGCCCAAAAUGCAUUUUCGGCUCUUGCUAGCUCGCAUUUGUAUGGACGGCAUCUUGUACUCGAGUGGGCCGAGGAUGCUGACGAUAUUGACACCUUGCGAGCCAAGGCCUCACGCGAUUUGACGGCUAUUAACGACAGCGAGCGUCGCAAGCGCAUGAAACGUCAGAAGGAAGACAUCGACAACGAUGACAUGGACUUUUGA